AUGCAGUCUCUACCUCAUCGCACAUCACCCUCUUCUUUAAUACACAAUAUGAGCGGUGCUCCGGUACAAUUUCGUAUUAUGGCAGGGUCCUACGAGCACAAUCUUUUGUGCUUGUCACUCAUACUUGGCAAAGAGCCCGUUUUCCAACCUAUUUUUCAUUUUCAAGCACAUUCACUCUCCAUCAAAUGUAUGGAUAUCGCCAAGAGAUACUUGGUUACAGGUUCUAACGACGAGCAUAUACGUAUCUACGACUUGCAAAAGCGUAAAGAGCUAGGCAAUCUCCUCAGUCAUCAAGGAACGGUGACCACAUUACGAUUUUCAGACGAGAAACAUGAAGCAGGUGUUACUGAAAAAUCUGGUAAGUGGUUGAUUUCCGGCUCAGAAGACGGUAAAAUCAUUGUGUGGCGAACUAAGGACUGGGAGGUGUUUGGCACCUUGAAGGGACACCAGGGAAAGGUCAAUGACGUAGCUAUACAUCCUUCUGGAAGAGUGGCUAUCUCGGUUUCUCAGGACUACACAGUACGGUUAUGGAAUCUUAUGACUGCUAAGAAAGCUGCUGUCCUCAAGAUCAAGGGUAAGAUACAUUUGGGUCAGGCACCAGAAAAGGUAGCAUGGUCACAAUCUGGUGAAAAUUUUGUGGUUGGACUCUUGAGUCAAAUUCUCGUUUACAGCACAUCUUCAGCCACUAUGAUUAGAAGAAUUAAAUUUGCAUCUACUCUCAUGUGCAUGCAAGUAGCAGUCAUUGAUGGAGAAGAAUGGUUGAUCACAGGAAAUGGGAAAGGUCUCAUUGAAUUCUACAAAAUGUCAAAACUAUGUGAAGAAGGUGGGUCUCCAGAUGAGCAAGAAACCUUGGAAGCAGCAUUCAGUUUAAGAGGACACUCUAACCGUGUGAAGGAUAUCACGGUAUUUUCCAAUCCUACGGAAACUGCGGGAAAGACCUACUUAAUUUCGGUGUCUUCAGAUGGUAAAAUCGUGGUAUGGGACAUUCAAGAAAAAACCGAAGUUGCAGUUUACGAUUCAGGAGAAAGACUCAAUUGUGUAUCUGCUUGCUCAGAAAGCGUAGAGAAAUCCAGUACCAUGAAACGACGUUUGACAGAGGACGAUGAACCAGCCCCAGAAUCGGAAUAUGAGACUGAUGGUGAAGAGAUCAAGAAAGUCAUGAAACCAAAGAAAAAGAAGAAGAAUCAAAAGUCCAAGGUGAGCGUUACACUCGAGUAG